AUGUACCUAACCAUGAUUAUUGGGAACCUGCUCAUCAUUCUGGCCACCAUCUCAGACUCCUAUCUGCACACACCCAUGUACCUUUUCCUCUCCAACCUGUCCUUUGCAGACAGGUGUCUCACCUCCACCACCAUGCCCAAGAUGUUGGAGAAUAUGCAGACACAGAGCAAAAUCAUAAGCUAUGCAGGCUGCAUCACACAGAUACAAUUUUUCAUACUCUUUGCAAGCUUAGGAAACUUCCUCCUGGCUGUGAUGGUUUAUGAUCUCUUUGUGGUCAUCUGUCACCCACUGCAUUACACAGCCAUCAUGAAUCCUUGCUUCUGUGGUCUGAUGGCUGUGUCAACUUGGAUCAUGAUUGUCUCCUUAUUCUAUUUUACAAUGCUAGAAGUGUACUUUAGUUCAGCUGCAUCCCACAGCUCACACUCAAGUGGAACAGCGUCAGUGAUGUACAGUGUGGUCACACCCAUGCUGAACCUCUUCAUCUACAGUCUGAGGAAUAAAGAUAUCAAGAAUGCUCUGAGAAGAUACUUGUAA